UCUUACCUAGAAGCACUACAUAUAAGAGAAUAUUUUUCCGCUCAAUUGUUAGUUGUCUCAUCUUAUCUAUACUUAAUUAACUCAACUAAGUCCUCUCCCGCCUAAAGUUUCUAGGGUAUUUUCGUAAACUCUGGUUCUCCUCUCCCCUUCGCAGAUCAGUUCCUACUCAUGCGUUUCCUACGCGUAUUUUUCGAGAAGUUUUAGCUUCUCAAACCUUCUCCUCUUAUACGGCUCUCAAAGCCUCCCCCCUUUUGACACGCUAGACACAUCAAACAUCUUUAUUCUUCGUAAAUCGUCCCUAGCAAAAGGAGUUCAUCCCACCCAUAUAUGAUAGAGAUGGUUCUUCUUGGAUGAUGAGGUACAUUUAUUAGAAUUUCAUUUGAUUUUAUUUUUUCUAUCAGAGCCUUUUCUUUUGUUUUCUAUUUCAUCUAAUAUGGUUUGAUUCAAUGUUCAGUUUGCUCUCCAUGACUAUGUUAACUAUGCACGGAACAUGUUUGAUGAAAUGUGAGAACUGUCAAAGAGAAGCAUUCAAGGAAAAAACUCCAACUUUUCUUCUUUUGUUCCUUCAUCCCUUCUUCCACUUCAGCAGCCCGCUCAAAAAGUCAUGUUCUUCGUAUCACUUCAUCAGCCCCACAUUUCCUUCAUUCCCUUCAUCCCCUUCAUCAGCUACUACUCAUGUGUUUCCUUGACCUUGUGACAAGGUAUCAUAAUAAAGUCACUAUUGCCUUAUUAUCUCUAAUCUUCUCAAUUUCCUCCAUUCUUGAUACAGAUGCCUGAGUAUUCAGUCAUUUGAAGAAUAGUAGGCUGCAAAUGUCUGAGGUAAAUAAGCCGCAUCAACAUUAAGCUUAAUUCAUUUGACCAGUAUGGGAUGUUGGUUGUAGAAUUUGAAAUUAGGAUAGAUGAUAUGCUCUUCAUAGAGAGUGGAGCUAGGCUUCCACAAUUUUUUUGUCCAAAAUAUUGAUCACUUUUUUUGGUAGGGUGUCAGCAACCAGUAUAUGAAUUGGCAGAGAUGAUAGAACAUGCUUGAUGAGUACAUCUUCCCCCUUGAGAAAAAGCUUUCUGUCUCCAUGGAGUAAGUUUGGUUUCAAUGAAAAUACCUUUAUGAAGGUAAUUUCCCGGGUAUGUAAUUGGAAGGAAGGUUCUUUUUAUUUUCAGAAUUCUUUCCAUAUUGCUAACCCUGAGUGAAGAAGUCUUGCCACAUAUUGCCAGAUUGGGAUAUUUGAUACUUAAAAUAAAUAAACCUCUACUUUAUGAUUAAUUUAGUUUUGACUUAAUCCACUAAAAAAAUACUGCUUAUUUAAAUGAUUUCAAAUGUUAAUAACAGUUUAUACAAAAAUACAAAUCCCCAAGUCUAAAGUAUGCAUAUUUUGUGGUUCCAAAUCACUGUGUUUGAUUGAGUUGCUAAAAGUUUUUGUUCUUGCCUUUGACCUCUCUUUAGUUUGUUUAUCUUUAGUGUGCUGUUUGAAUACUUUUAGGUGAUGUAAACUAUAUGCAAGUAUAACUAAAUAUCAAAUGUGGUUUAAUAAAUCAGGAAUUAACAUCUAGAAGUACUACGUGAAGAGGAAAUAAUGCACUUUUGUUCUUGCCUUUGAUCUCUCUUUAGUUUGUUUAUCUUUAGUGUGAUGUUUGAAUACUUUUAGGUGAUGUAAACUAUAUGUAAGUAUAACUAAAUAUCAAAUGUGGUUUAAUAAAUCAGGAAUUAACAUCUAGAAGUACUACGUGAAGAGGAAAUAAUGCACUUUUGUUCUUGCCUUUGAUCUCUCUUUAGUUUGUUUAUCUUUAGUGUGCUGUUUGAAUACUUUUAGGUGAUGUAAACUAUAUGUAAGUAUAACUAAAUAUCAAAUGUGGUUUAAUAAAUCAGGAAUUAACAUCUAGAAGUACUACGUGAAGAGGAAAUAAUGCACUUUUCUGUUUAGUGACAAAAGAUAAUUGAGAGAUGAGCACUUCUACAAUUUUUCACUCUUCAACCAUUAUACUACUGAAGCCUAAAGUCUUAACUAAGAAGCGAAUAUUUAAAUGAAAGAUCUGCAAUUUUUCUUCUCUUUUACUUACUAUGGUUUGGGUUCAUGUUCUAAUUGCUCUCCAUGACAUUAAAGUUGGGUUGAGCUUAUGGACAAUGUUGAAUUAUUUAUUAUGGACUAUAUUAACUUUAUGCACAGUACAUGUUUGAUGAAAUGUUUCUAAAACUUCUAAAUAUUGAAUUAAAUCUUCAAAACUUUUAUAUCAAUACAAUAUAUGGGGUUUCUAUCAGCUUUUGAUAAGAGGUUUCUAUCAACUUUAUUCAUUAAUACACACUAUAUUCAACUCAAAUCAAUUCAACCUUUUUUUUUUAAUUUACAUCAUAUGCAAUCUAAUCCUUGAAUAUAUUUGUUUGCACCAAAGGUCUGGAGUGUUGCUUAUUUCAUUUAUAUGCCUUUAUUGAUUAGCUCCGAGUUAAUUAAUCCUCUAAAUAACAUAACUUCAUUGCUAAAAAAGUUUUUCAUGUGAUAGUGUCUUUAAAAUACAUAUAGGUAGAGAGUAAGAGUGUUAUGUAUUUAUGAUAUAUGUUUGGAUUGGCCUUAUAAGAUUCUUACAGGUUUAUGACUACUUUGUUUUAAGAUUGAAAAUUGAAAACUCCCUUAAACUUUUAUGUUUUAACAAUCAUGUGAGAAAGGUUGAUCAUUAGUCCAAGGAAAAAUUGAUAGUAAUAAUCCCAACUAUUGGCGGUCCGCUCAUAAUAAUCCCAACUAUCGAUUAUUUCAGAAUAAUCCCAACUUUAGGGACCUUCCGCCAAUAGUGGUCCCUAUAAAUAAAUUUAUGUAGUUUCUAAAGUGGAUGAGGAGUGAUAUAGCAAGUAAUCCCUAUAAAUAAUCUCAACUUCUAAUUUUUACACUUAAUUUCUAUUUAAAAUUCACUUUUUAUAGGAGGUAAUAUCUGACCAUGGACCAUUAUUGGCGGACGAUCCAUAUAGUUGGGAUUAUACAAAAAUAAUCAAUAGUUGGGAUUAUUAUCAGCGGACCGGCAAUAGUUGGGAUUAUUAUUUUCAAUUUUUCCUUAGUCCAAAUAGUAAAGCCUGAAAAAAGCCAGAACUAUUCUGCUCCACAGAGACUUCAUUUCUUCACGCAAAGGCAGUCUUACUUCAAGAAUUGAGAUGAUCAUUGGUUAACCUUCUUCUAUUUUCUUGCCUGUUUGGUUUUGUUCAGAAUUUUCUAUUUGAUUCUAUUUUGAGUUAUAUUUUUCUAUUUGACUUCAUUUCUGUUUUCAAUUUCCAUUUGUUGCCUUAUGCAGUAUAUUCACAAUCUUAUUUAAUUGGAAAUGUUGUCAUCUAAUUCAUUUGAUUUUUCACUUAUAUUUAUCAAAAAAAGUUUCAUCUAAUCAGCCAAGCUUAUAUAAAAUUGGGGGCGGGAGAUUUGAUCUGUGUACACAAUAUUAUUGAAACGUGUAAUCUUAAUUCUAAUACUAUCGUAUAUGUUUAGUAAUAUUGAUAUAUUUGAGCGUUACUAACCAUUAUGUUGGGCAUGUGAUGACACUUUUGAUUAUGCUAAUAACUGAUUUGGUGAUUAUUUUGAUUGAAACAUAGUACUCCAUGUAAUUUAUCUUGAUUUUCCAUUCUGAUUUUUCUUCUUCUGUUCAGAUUGGAAUAUUGGAUCGCUCCAGCAAAAGGACCUUUUUCAAAUAACAUAAGUAAUAACUUAUGUUGUAAUUAACACAAAGUUGAAUAUUUCCUGACCACCCACAAUCCCACAUAGAAGCUCUGAGCUUGAGAUGGUCAUUUAUAUGUAAGAGGUAUCUUUCCCUGCUAUCUUUCAAUUAAUUGAUUAAAAAGAGUGCCUAUUUUAUGUUUUGACGAAUUUUCCAGUUUAUAAAAUUAACAUACCCACGCUCUUCUUUCUCUAUCCCGUUCUUCAUCCUCAUCUCUUUUCUUCAUUUUAAUUCUUCAACAAGGUGAGUUCAUCUUUUUUCAGUCAACAAGCUAGGGUAAAUUUGUUGUUCCUAAAUCAAUUUCAUAUCAUUGAGUCAAUAAGUUUUAAGUCCAAUUUACACCCUAUUAAAGGAUAUAAUAAUUUUUUUAGACUUAAGUUUUGAUUUAGCAUAGGUUAUGUUUUAGUCUGCACUGGACUGUUUUUAGUUUGUUUCUGUUUUCAAAAAUAUCAUGAUAAAUAAAAAGUGAAAAAGCUUUUGAAAACUAAUUUCAUUCAAAUUGGAUGAUGAUUAUAUCUGUAUGUCAGAGGUUUACUUUUGGUUCUUUCAAUCAAAACAAUCACAAGCACACAUCCACGUGUCUUUGCGUAUUAGCUUUAGCACUACUGUUUUUGAACUAUGGCUUUUAUUGAUUGUUGUUGUGAUAGGAAUAAAUAAUUAGUGGGCCUAUUCAAUAAAUAAUUAGUGGCCCUAGUCAUUAAAGAGUAUGAUAGAAAAGACAAGAAGUCUAUUAUUAGUUAAUUAACUAGUUAAUAGUUCCUUUUAUCCCUGCGUGGAUAUGGACUAUAAAUAGAAGGGGGAGUCAGCUAAAAAGAGGAGGCUAUUAUUGAAUUGUUAUUUUGGCUUGGAGAGUGGGCUUCUCGAACAGUCCCAUCAUUUGUAUACCUAUUCUGAUUACUACCUACUUCAAUAUUUCACUUUCAUCGAUCUGUUCUUGCUUCAAUCCCUGCGGAAUUGUUAUUGCUCUGUUGAGAUUUAUACCAGGUUCUAUCAAUGGUAUCAGAGCAGUAGCUCCUGGUGGUUGGAUCUACUGUGCGACGUCCAAAACAAUUUCCUCGUUCGGAAGUGGAUGGUACGAACAAGAGCAAAAAUGGAUUUGCGAAUGGAUUCGAUGGAGAGGAAAAUAAAUGAGGUGCAAUCUGAGUCCAAGGAAGAGAAUCGAAUCCUGAGAGACGAACUGCGUUCAGCAAUGGAAGCAUUAGCGACAAGCGUGACAGCAUCCAUCGCUGAAUUGCGCGAUCAGUCCAGAUCCAGAGCGAGGUCGCGAUCUCCUCCGCGGCAUCAUGUGCGAUCUUCCAACAGUCCAACGACCUCUGGAGGUAACCCUAUUAAUCCGAUCAACUCCCGCAUCCAACUUCACAGAGAGCCUGAGAUCCAUAAUCGGUUUUCUAUCCAGACCGGUAGGAAAAUUGAUAUACCAAUUUUCACUGGAGAUAACGCGUACAAUUGGAUUGUAAGGAUGGAAAGGUAUUUCAGAGUAAAUCAUAUUCAGGAAGAAGAACAGGUUGAAGCAGCUGUGGUUGCUAUGGAGGGCAGAGCGAUUAACUGGUUUAUUUGGUGGGAGCAUCAGAUUGAGAGAAGAAACUGGGAAACUCUGAAGACCUCUAUUAUCAGAAGGUUCCAACCUGAUUUGAUCCAAAACCCCUAUGGACCGAUGCUAAGCCUGAAACAGACAGGUACAGUGCAGGAAUUCCGAGACGAGUUUGAAAUGGUGAUAACACCCCAAAUUAAUAUUGAUGCUGAAAUCCUGAAGGGCAUUUUUAUCAAUGGACUGAAGGUUGAGAUCAAAGCUGAGCUGAAAAUGCACAACUCUAGCUCUCUAGCUGAAGUAAUGGACAUGGCCAUAUUGAUUGAAAACAAAAAUGAGGCAUUGAAUUUUAAAAGGAAGGAAGAAGGCAUGUUCUUAUGGAAGGAAAAAGGACCAGUACCUAGCAAAUCUCAGAAUUGGGGAGAAGGCUAUAAGGCUAGAUAUGGUAGCUCUGGAUUCAAUAAUCAGGGAAAUGAGGCAACAGAUAAUAGGAAUUUCAAUUCCUGGUUUGAGAAAAUGGAGAAGAAGAUCACUGACAUGCAAUCUUCAGGAAUCAGGAAGGUAGCACCCCAGUUAUCUCAAGAAGAAUUUCAGGAAAGAAGCCGGAAGGGGCUGUGUUUUAAGUGCGGAGAAAAGUGGAAUAAAGAGCAUACCUGCAAGCUGAGGCACUAUAAGUUGAUGCUAGUAGAAGACUCAGAUGCUGAAGAAGAAACAGAUUUUGAAGAACCUGAAAUUCCAGAAGAAGAAGUGAUGUUGGAGUCCAAAUCCAUGCACUUGUCACUUAUGAGUAAGGAAGGGAUACCUACCAUGAGAGCUUUCAAGAUUAAAGGAAUUCUGAAGUGGGAUAGAGGGGUAAAACAAGUGGAAGUGCUGAUUGAUAGUGGGGCCACUCAUAACUUCAUUUCUAAGAAACUGGUGGAUGAAUUGGAGCUGCCUUUUAAAACCAUUUCAGGAUAUAAAGUGCAAGCCGGUAAUGGAGAAAAGCUAUCUAAUGAUGGAAGAUGUGAAGAUUUGACUUUAUGUAUGCAGGGUUCAAUCAUAAAACAAAACUUUUACUUUCUGAAUUUGGAAGGAACUGACUUGGUAUUGGGAAUGGAGUGGCUGACUACUUUAGGUGAUGUAGAAAUAAACUUUCUGAAACACCGUAUAAAAUGGAAGGUUCAGGGGCUAGAUCAGCAGAUCCAAGGAGAUCCCCAGCUGAAUUCAAUAGAGGUUUCUUUGAAAACUAUGUCACAGAUUAUACAAGAUUCUGGAGAUGGGUGUUUAGUGUACCAGGAGGGGAGAUUGCUGCAAAUGGAGAAGGGUGUUGCUUAUGCUGAAAGUCAGGACCAAGCUCAGGUUGGUGACUGUAUAUUAAUACUCCAGGAUGUUUUGACACAGUCAUGGGGGCAGAAGGAUCCACAAAAUUUUGCAAUUGAAGAAUCAGUGGUCACUCAAUCUGAUGCCAAGAUGAGGAUUUUAGUAAAGGGCGACAAUUUGAAAGCAUUCCAUCACCAAAACAAGACUGACAAGUUUCUAGUCUGGGGCUCCUCAGAUUCUGGAUUGAGCUGGGCUAAAGAGUUUGAUUUUAAAUAUCAUAUGGAUGGACUCAAUAUGGAACUAGAUUCUACUUCUCAGGCGGUUGUGAUUGUUAAUUCCCAGAGAGGGCAUCUCGUGGACCUAUCUUUAAAACAAGGAAGUGGGAAGGGAAUCACAGCUGCUAGAAUCUGGUGGGGUGCACUGGACAUUCAAAGUGAAACUAUUCAACAAACAAUCUGGAACCAUAGCUCUCUUCAUUGGCCAUCUAAACAGGAGGUUGGGAAUGACACAACACUAUCAUUGCAUAUGCUCAGUCAUGCAGUAGUACAGAUCAAAAGGAUGGCCCAAGCAUUGAAGUUAAAGAGCCAGAACGCAAUGUGGUACUGGGAAGGGAGAGGAGCUCGAAUGAAGAUAAAGUUGAUAGUCAAGGCUGACUCCUAUCACCCACCUUGAGGACAAGGUGGUUGUUUAGGGGGGGAGUAUUGAUAGGAAUAAAUAAUUAGUGGGCCUAUUCAAUAAAUAAUUAGUGGGCCUAGUCAUUAAAGAGUAUGAUAGAAAAGACAAGAAGUCUAUUAUUAGUUAAUUAACUAGUUAAUAGUUCCUUUUAUCCCUGCGUGGAUAUGGACUAUAAAUAGAAGGGGGAGUCAGCUAAAAAGAGGAGGCUAUUAUUGAAUUGUUAUUUUGGCUUGGAGAGUGGGCUUCUCGAACAGUCCCAGCAUCUGUAUACCUAUUCUGAUUACUACCUACUUCAAUAUUUCACUUUCAUCGAUCUGUUCUUGCUUCAAUCCCUGCGGAAUUGUUAUUGCUCUGUUGAGAUUUAUACCAGGUUCUAUCAUGUUGCUUAUUUGGUCUUGAUAUAUAAGCGUUGACGUGUAUAUCACAGGAUGAAUUUUCAUCCAAUCAGGUGUUUUUGCAUUCCGUUUCUUUUUAUUUAGGGUUUUUGUGGUUUUCUUCAGCUUCUUUUAAUCUUCUUCAUUUUUAACAAGCAAUCCUUAGAUUUUUUUUACUUACAAACACUAAAAUUUGGUCACAUCUUCUUUUUGUUUCUUAUGAAACAUGAUGGCCAUUAUAUCAUAAUUGUGCAGGGAAAAAACUUGAAGAGGACACUUCGGAUGAGAAUUUUGAAGUAUGGAAUUGCUCAAUAAACUUAUGAGACUUAUGUUAUUUUAAAAUCCCCCCUUAAUAAUGUAUAGUAGAUACUGAGUUAGCUGGAGCUUUGUUUUAUUGAGAUUUAUCGACACCUAUAUUAGUUUGAAAAAAUACCUAUGUAAAUACUUUGUUUAAGGGCACUACUUUAUUUUCAGUGUAAAAUAUAUAUAUUGCAUUUACUUGAAGGAUUUAUUGUUUCUCUUGCUA